AUGGAUGUCUUUGCACAGCCGCAGGAGACUCUCGAGCUAAAGGCACCACCAUCGUACAAGAUCGACGACGUCAGCCCGACCUGUUUGGCCUUCCCCCAGGCAGAUCCCACGUUCUUCUUGGUGGGCAGCGAGGAAGGCUCCAUCUUUCCUUGCCACAGGUACGAUAGAGCCGGCGCCAAGGCUGGCAUCGAUGCCCGGUUCAGCUACAAGGGACACACGGCGCCGGUCAUGUCUGUCGACUUCCACCCUGCCCGUGGCCCCGUCGAUCUCGGCGACUUGGUCCUGUCGUCUUCUCUGGACUGGAGCGUGCGCCUGUGGAAGGUCCGUGCCCCUGCUGCGACAUCAACAGCGGGAGGCGAGGGCACCGUGUCGCCGCUCAUCGACUUUGUUCGCGAGGAUGUGGUCUACGAUGCGAAAUGGUCGCCCAUCAAGCCUGGUGUCUUCUCACUCGUCGACGGCGCUGGUUGGUUGGAACUCUGGGACAUCACAGUCGAGACGGAAGAGCCUGUUGCCAGGAUAUCGCCCAGCGCUCGCAAGGAUGGAAGGACCAUGCUUUCGAAGAGCUUGAACAAAGUGACCUGGGAGCCUUCGGAGGGCAAGCGCCUGGCGACGGGUGGCAUCGAUGGAGCUUUGACUGUGUUUGAGGUCGCUUCUGGCCUCGGUGGUACGGACGAUCUGAAAGCAGAAGAGUGGACAAAUGUCAAGAAACUGGUGAACCGAGUGGAGGCCGUUGGCGCCAACGGCGUCGUGGCAGCGAUUGACUAG